AUGGUGCUCCUCUCACUUGUCGCUGAAGUACCCGCUCUUCGGUACUUUGUCGGGAUUGUCCUCGCGACUUGCGCGUACGUUGUCUACAAGUCCACCGCUAUCAAGCCCACCGAAAUUCUCACACCCGUAUCACUCACUGAAGAGCCCUCUACCAAAGAGCCAGCCGUUGAAACGUCGGUUGUCCACGAGCCCUUGGAUCCAUCGAAGCCACCAGAUGCGCCGGUAUCAGUCAAUUACUUCCCUUCUCGGGAGUGCAACUACAAAUGCAAAUUCUGCUUCCACACCGAGACCAGCUCCUACAAUCUAAGCGAUGAGAAAGCGCGAGAAGGUCUGAGACUGCUCAGAGAUGCGGGUAUGCGCAAACUCAAUAUCGCGGGCGGUGAACCAUUCCUACACCCCAAGCUUCCCUCAAACCUGAUUCGCUACUGCAAAGAAGACUUGAGCGUCGAAAGCAUCAGCAUCGUCAGCAACGGUAGCAAGAUCACGGAGAAAUGGAUGCGAGAGAACUCUCAGUGGCUCGACAUUCUGGCCAUCUUCUGCGACUCAUUCGACGCGCAGACGAACGUCAAGAUUGGCCGUGGUGACGACGGGAAGAACGUCGCUCGACUGUUCCAAAUUGCCGAGUGGUGCCGGGCCUUCAACGUGAAGUUCAAGCUAAACACCGUCGUAAAUAUCCACAACUGGAACGAAGAUAUGGUUGCCAAUAUCGAGAAGCUAGCGCCAUUCCGAUGGAAGGUCUUCCAAUGCCUCAUCGUUGCAGGCGAGAACGACGACGAAACACGGAAGCGCGAUGCAAGGACGUUUCUGGUCACUGACGAACAAUGGCGCACCUUCUGCGAUCGCCACAAGCAUCUUCAAUGCUACGUACCCGAAGACAACAAUUCAAUGGCCAGCAGCUACCUCUUGCUUGAUGAGUACAUGCGCUUCAUGGACAAGGGCGAGGGCAUGAUGACGACGAGCGCGUCUAUAUUGGAUGUUGGAGUUGAGAAGGCCAUGCAGCAAAUCGUCUGGGAUAAGAAGUCGUUCGUCGAGCGUGGCGGAAUUUACGACUGGGGUCGGGCAGAUAUGAAACCGACUGAAAAGACUAGCUGUGGCACGGGUCUCAACUUGAAGGAACUGGAGUUCUAG